CUUGCUAUAAUACAAAUCCUGAUGGACCUCAUAAAGAGUUAACGAAUACUCCAAAACUUUGUAAAAAUCAUCUUAAAAAAUGCCCAUACUUUUUAAGUCAAUAUUCAAAGGAAGAAUUAACGGUUAUAUUUUCAGAUGCUAAUGACGACAAUGAUGACCAUUCAGAAAUAGAAAUUUCUGAACCAACUACAAAACGUGCCCGUAUAGAAAAAAAAUCACAAACGAAAGUAACACAAUUUGUAUAUUAUCCCCUUUCUGAAACUACUCAACAACAAUUUGAAAGGCAUUUGGUACGUGGUACUGUGGCAACUGGUUCUUCUUUUAGAUGGAUUGAGGAUGAGGAUAUU